AUGUUAACUGUCGAACCCACCCUCCGCGUGCGGAGGCCCUCUCCGACGACGGUUGAAUAUAUCGUCUCGACGCGCCCGCCGUCCACGCUCUCGUUCCGCCUUCUGCUCGGCAUCUUGACAACCAUCCGCGUGCUCCUCCUCCUGAGCAUCGCCCUCCUCCUAUUCUGCAAAUGGCAGCUCUACCCCUCCGCGCCAUCGAUUCUACCAUAUUCCCCAACGCCUGAGGUCCCCAGCCUAGACUACCUCUGGCACUCCCUCGCUCUUCUCCAUGCUUCGCAACUCGGCCUUGGAGCCACGCACGUGGCGUCUCUCGUCCCUCUUUUCAUCCUGCUCCCGCUAGCAGCUGCAUUCGCCUAUUUGUCCAUUCUGCGCAUCCACUCUCAGGAGUCCUUGCUGGUCCUGCGCGGUCUUGGGAUCCAGACUUGUUCGAGCUCGUCGACGUAUCUGACCGGCGCAUCGACGCAGUUUAUCCCGACGCAGAAGAUUCAGGAUCUGCUCAUUAACGAGGCGUUUCGCGGGUUUGAGGUUAGGUACUACUUGGUUGUGGUUGUGGAGGGGGAAAGGGAGGUGGUGGUUGUGUUUCCCAAAACGUUACCUAGGAGGAGGGUUGUGGAGGAGGUGUGGAGGGGCGGGAGACAGUGUUUAUAUGGUCGAGCGAAAGCUGUAGAUAAAGCUGGGAAUGGGAAGGCAUAG